AUGAUGGAUAAAGCAUCAGGUGAAAAGACGGUUACUGAUGUUGGAGAUAACAAUGAUAGGGUUGAUAAGAGUUUAAAAGACACAAACAAUGAGGAAACAGAUUUUACUGCACAAAAAAUAAGAAAUUUAUUAACUGAGCUAAACAAAGCAGUUAUUAUGAAGGAUAAAAGGAAAUUCGAAAAAGAAUCGAACGUGAUUAGGAGAAGGAAAUGUAAGGUUCCAAACUAUGAGUGGUCACCAUUUGUGGAUAGGUUAACUCGGAACGAAGUAGUGAUGGACGAAAAAGAAUUUGAGUUUACUAGACUUAAGGAGUUCACUUUAAUGCUUGAAAUGUUCAUUGGAAAUUUGGAUGUCAAAACGAAAUUCAGUGAUGUUGGACUGACGGGAAGAUAUUUGAUUAUUGAUCAUGUGAAACGUAUCGGCACAGUGGAAAGUAGAUAUCGAAAAAUACCAAGAAUGCUUCAAUGGUUCUUUUGCAACUACUUGAUGACACAAAACCAUCCAAUGCAUUCUGAAUUGUACUCAAAGGAAGCCAAACUCAUGAGAGUGGUUUGGGAAGUCCCUGAUAUUGGUCAUGAAUGUGGUCUAUAUUUGAUGAGGCACAUGGAGUGCUAUAAGGGAGAUCUAGAAGGGAAGUGGGAAACAAGAUUUAAAGGAAUAAAACAUAGUGAUGUUGCAGUAUUAUCAAGGCUAAGAUUCGUUAGGAAUAUGAGUAAACAAUAA